CAUCAUCCCAAAAAAAAAAAAGAAAAAGAAGAAGAAAAGUUUUAUGUGGCCACUAUGGAUGCCCGGAGGAGAUACUUCAAACUGAAAUUGCGGGACAAGCUUUUGCAUCUCUCGUGUAUGAAUGGCGGCGUUGCUCUCAUUUGCUUCCAUCAGUCCCCAUAUAAACUCCCGCCGCCGGAAUAUCAUUUUCCGCCGAUAUUUCCCGCCAAAUGUCGAUCGAUUCCGGUGCAAGGGAGAAAAAUCAGCCCGCAAUUCGGCCGCCGAUCGGGAAUCCGAGCCCGAGAACGUGCUGCUGAAGGUGGCUUGGUACGGCUCCGAGCUGCUAGGGAUCGCCGCUUCGUUUAUUCGUCCUCCCCCGUCUAAUGCUGUAUCUCCGGCGAGGGAACUUGAGCUCGAGCUCCCUAAGGAUGGCUUCGGAGCUGUUGAUCGGAGCUCAGUUGUCGAAACUAUCAAAGAGGACUACGGUAGAUCCUACUUCGUUACAGGGAACCUCACACUUGAUGCCUACGAAGAGGAUUGUGAGUUCGCUGAUCCAGCAGGUUCAUUUAGAGGGCUCCGUCGUUUCAAGAGGAAUUGCACAAAUUUUGGAUCCCUCCUCGAGAAAUCCAACAUGAAGCUGAUGAAAUGGGAGGACUUCGAGGAUAAGGGAGUUGGGCACUGGCGUUUCAGUUGUAUCCUGGCAUUCCCUUGGAGGCCCAUUCUCUCUGCCUCUGGGUACACGGAGUACUACUUUGAUGCAGAGUCUGGGAAAGUCUGCAGGCACGCGGAACACUGGAAUGUUCCCAAGAUGGUGCUAUUGAAGCAGAUCCUAAAGCCCAGCCGCUGGGCUUGGGAGAAAAAGCCAGUCGGCUGAAGACCUUUGCCAAACAACCUUAUUAGUUUGUAUCAAAGCUGUUAAUAUACAGGUAGAGCCAGGUAGAAACCAAUAGCUGGAAAUAUCAUGUAGCUCGUGGAAAGUAAAAGAUUAGCUGUAUGAGUCCACGAAAGAACGGUCUCUCGAUCAAAGUAAAUUAAAUUUACUAAUUGACCCUUUUUAGUUUUUCUGGCAAUUUUAUGUUGUCAUGGGUAGUUAUGUAAAGCAUGUUUGCAUCUAGUACAGGAGAAUGAAAUGUAUCUUUACAUCCCCUUUGUUUUAUAUAUAAUGAGUUGGAGAA